UUUGUGAGCUACGUGUAAAAUACAAAUCACGAUAAUAAUAAAAUCUUCACGGCUUCUUUCGGGACUUCUCUCUAUCCAUCAUCUCUCUCCUUCGUCUGUCCCUCGUUUCCGACGCCCAAAACUCAAAAUUUGUGCAAAAAACUCGAUUCUUAGAUCAUCAGAUCGAUUCGAUCGGAAACCCUAAUUCAUCCGAUUUCAUCAAUUAUCGUCUUCUAUACUCGAAGGAGGUGUAAGCAUCAUGUUUUCCAGGAUGUUUGGUAAACCUAAAGAGGAAACGAAUGCCUUAACAACGUUAGAUAAAUUGAAUGAGACACUUGAGAUGUUAGAGAAAAAAGAGAAUGUCCUUUUAAGAAAGGCUGGGCAAGAGGUCGAGAAGGCCAAGGAAUACACGAGAGCUAAGAACAAAAGAGCUGCAAUACAAUGUUUGAAGAGGAAGAGAUUGUACGAGCAGCAAGUUGAACAACUUGGAAAUUUCCAAUUGCGAAUUCAUGAUCAGAUGAUUAUGUUGGAAGGAGCAAAAGCUACAACAGAGACUGUUGAUGCGUUAAGAAGUGGAGCUGCUGCAAUGAAGGCUAUGCAAAAAGCAACAAACAUCGAUGAUGUAGACAAGACGAUGGAUGAGAUUAAUGAGCAAACUGAGAACAUGAAGCAGAUUCAGGAAGCGUUGUCAAUGCCCAUUGGAGCCGCUGCCGACUUUGAUGAGGAUGAGUUGGAAGCUGAACUUGAGGAGUUGGAAGGAGCAGAGUUGGAGGCACAACUUCUAGAACCUGCAACCCAAACUCCUGCAGCUCCAGUAUAUGUACCGGCAGGAAGGCAACCAACACGGCCUGCUCCUCAGAAGAACAAAGCUGAGGAAGAUGAGUUGGCUGCACUAGAGGCAGAGAUGGCUCUCUGAACAGCAGGUCCUAAAUCAGGCCUAGAGUUACAUAAGAAUCAUCAAUCAUGUAAAGAUUGGUUGGUGGGAAGAUGUCGGUCGGACAGUUACCACUCCAUUCACAUUCACAUAAACAUUGGGUGUUAAAUGUGCAUUUAAAUGCGAAGGAAGAUAAUAUUGUACAAAGAGCUUUAUACAAGUAACAGACAAAAUUUAUCUCUUUAAUUUCUGAAUUCUUGUCACAGGAUCUAAUUGUUUUCUCUUCUUUAUCCUCCGUAUAAUCGUCUGGUAAUCGUUUUUACCCUGUUUUGCGUAUUUGAUGUUAUAUCAACGGGGUCGUAUAUGGUAGACCAAGGAAGUUAACACAGUUCUGUAGCCCACAGUAUUGUGUCUGCCACUGUGGAUCUCCUUGCUGUCUCUAUUUGGUCAUAGAUGAACAGCUUCUUAGCCCUACAAUAUGAUGGCUUGUCUUGCGUUC